UUUUCUUUUGAAAAUGUAUUAGUUGGCAUUUAAAAGCAAUGUUAACUCAACCUGGAACAAAUUGAUUUUUUCAUCUUUUUUCUUAUUAAUUUACCUUUAGUUUAACUUAAUUGAUUAGUAUUCUUCUAUGCCAUGAGCUAUGGAACUUAUGAGAUGGAAACUUAUUUAUCUAGUUUUGUUUUUGAGUCACAUUUCUGGUUUACUAACCAAACAGUUAUCAUUAGAAGAAAUAGCUCAUUACAGAGAUAAGCUGAAAGCUAUGUUCGAUUAUGCAUAUGAAAAUUAUAUUGCUAAUGCCAACAACUUUGAUGAACUCAAACCAAUCUCUUGUACAGGAGUCGAAACAUGGGGCAAUUUUUCUCUAACUUUAAUUGAUUCUAUGGACUCACUCAUUUUAUUUAAAAAUUACACUGAAUUUGAGCGUGUUGCACGUUAUGUUGUAGAGAACAUUGACUUUAAUCAAAACAUCAAUGUUUCUGUAUUUGAAACUAAUAUAAGAGUUGUUGGAGGACUUCUUUCAGCUCAUCUAUUAUCAUAUAAAACUGGGAUGAAAUUAGAGCCCGGUUGGCCUUGUGAUGGUCCUUUAUUACGUUUAGCUGUUAAAGUAGGGAGAAAAUUAUUACCAGCUUUUCAGACUCGAACUGGUAUGCCUUAUGGAACCGUAAAUUUAAAGUAUGGUGUGCCGUUUGAAGAGACACCAGUAACUUGUACAGCAGGGGUUGGGACAUUUAUUUUAGAGUUUGCAACACUUUCCAGGUUAACUGGUGAUCCUAUUUUUGAAACAACUGCCUUAAAUGCUCUAAGAGCAUUACAUUCAUUUAGAUCUCAUUUAGAUCUUGUUGGUAAUCAUAUCAAUACUUCCGAUGGUAAAUGGACAGCUAUCGAAUCAAGUAUUGGCUCUGGAGUUGAUUCUUAUUUUGAAUACCUAGUCAAAGGAGCUCUUCUUCUCAAAAUGCCUGAACUAAUGGACAUGUUUAAUGUGUACCUCAAAUCCAUUAACAAAUAUAUGAAAAGGGACGAUUGGUAUUUCGUUGUUCACAUGAAUAAUGGACUGACUACGAUGCCAGUCUUUCAAUCACUAGAAUCUUUUUUCCCUGGUCUAUUGACUUUAAUAGGCGAUAUCGAACAAGCUCAAAAGUCUUUGCUCAACUAUAGAUAUGUACUUAAACGUUAUGGUUUUAUUCCGGAAUUUUUUGAUGUUUCAAAUAAUAAUGUUAAAAGAAAUGGAAAUCCUUUAAGACCUGAGUUUGUGGAAAGUUUGUUUUACUUAUACAAAGCAACAAAAGAUCCUAAUCUGCUUACAAUUGGAGCUGAAGUCAUUGAAGCGAUAGAGUAUUCUGCUCGAACUGAAUGUGGUUAUGCUACCAUCAAAAAUGUUGACGAUCACACAAUUGAAGAUAGAAUGGAAUCAUUUUUCUUGGCAGAAACCCUAAAAUAUCUUUAUCUUCUUUUUGACAAUUCCAAUUUCAUACACAAUGAAGGAUCUAAAGGCGUUGUAAUUAAUCACGAUAACAAACAAUGUGUAAUUGAUGCUGGAGGGUAUAUUUUCAACACAGAAGCACAUCCAAUUGAUGCUUCAAUUCUUGACUGUUGUUCUUCUAAAUCACGAGAUUUUUCAGAUAUUAUUGAUAAAUUAGAUCUUUAUGAACUUGUUGGAUUGACCAGUAAUACAGCUGAUAAUCAAUAUAAUAGCAAUGCAAAACCAAGCUCCGAUAAGCAUGAUUCAGAGCCAACAGUUAGUAUUCAACCUUCAUCGGAUGUAUCAUUUAAAUCGAAAGAUCAUAUUGACCAAUUCUCUGCUACUUUUGAUAUUGAGAAUGUUGAAUCUACGUUACCAUCAAUUACACCUACUUUGGAUGCAGCUUUCCAACUUGACAUGGACUUGUCUUCCAUUGAUGAUGUGAUAGAGUCACCAGCGUCUAUCAAUGAAGAUGUGGUUCACAAAUUUGAUCCCUCAGCUGUUCAAACUAACAACGAACCUUGGACUCCGAUUAUUUCUCCAUAUGGACAAUCACAUUUGACUCCAAAUGAGCCUGCCAAUACCCAAUACUGUGAUAUUUCAAAGCAUAAUAACUGUCCAUUAUUGGAAACCCCAGAAAUAAUAACUGCUGCUCCCAGUCAGCAGCACCAUUUCAGCCACAGCAUUCCUCCCGAUUUAAAUAUGAGUGAUUUCAUAUUGCAAUACGAAGAUGAUGAGCUAUCAUCCUCCUCCUUUCAAGAUCAAGAUUAUGAACAAUAUCAAGAGCCGGCUCAAUCUCCGUCUUAUUCAAAUUACACAGAGUCUAGUCAUGAAAUUUUACUAUGUUUCCCAUUACCUUUCCUCUCUCCUUUCACUAAAUAUGGUCAAGUCUUGAUUCGCAGUGAAAUUUGAUGAGCAAGCUAUUUAUUCAAAUAAUUUCCAACUUCAUCAGCUACAAAGAAUUUAUUUAUGCUAUUUCUAAUUUUCAAAUGUACACUAAUAUACAUGUCUACAAAAAGAUAACUACCAUUAUUUGCCUUUAGAAUCAGCUUUGAAAGCUUGCAAAGUACUCCAUAGAUUUUUAAAGUAAAAAAGGUACAUUACUAAUAAAGGUGUAUUAAUUUUGAA